AAACUUUUUUUUGCUAACUAUAUAUGUAUAUUAUUUUCUCAAAGUGACAUUCGGUUGAUCGAAGUAACUGAAAACAUUUGUAACCGAUUGCUGGAAUAUAAUUUACACAAAGAGCGAAGUGGGAGUAAUCGCUUUGCCAAGGGAAUGAGUGAGACAUUCCAGACUCUCCAUGGUCUUGUUCAUAAAGGUGUAAAAGUUGUUAUGGACAUUCCCUAUGAACUGUGGAAUGAGACGUCAGCUGAGGUCUCGGAUAUGAAGAAGCAGUGUGAUGUGAUGGUGGAAAAGUAUGAAGAUGUUAUUGAGGAUUGGUAUAAACAUCAUCAGGAGGAAGACCUCACCAUGUUCCUCUGUGAACGGCAUGUUCUGAAGGCCCAUGAGACAGAGUGUUUGAGGGAAAUUUGGAAUGGCCAGAAAGGGGACCCUGCAGUGAUUGAUGAGGAGAAGAAGAAGAAGAAGAAAAAAAAGAGAAAAAGUAAGAACAAAGAGGGUAAGGAAGGGGAAAGUAAGAAAGAGAAAAAAGGAAAGAAGAAAAAGAAACAAGAAGAGGACACUGAUCAAGAAGGAGGAAAAGGCAUGUCAUCUGAUGAUGAGCAGACCCAACAGAAAUCACCUCCAUCCCACAGACCUGAUGAACUGUAAAGACUGAAGAACUAGGCCAGAAAGUAUUGAUUCAGAACUGUGUAUGAGAGCAUUGCUGUUAAGUGGACAAUAACUUAAACCCAGUGGAUCAUUUUCAGAAUAUGAAUUUAAAUAGCUUUAAAUUAAUCUGAUACAGUAGGGGGAGAAAAGUUAGUUAUCUGACUGUUGGUCUAUCUAUUUAUACCUAAUGAUCCACUGCAACAACCCAUUUUUUUUACUGUCCUUUCCUAUUUCCAGUGACAAUGAUGUCGAAUGAUACACAGACUGUGUCUUCUGUUUGAUUGCUUGAAUUUAAGCAAGUUACUGUUGAGGUUUUUAUGCUUGAAUGCCACUACUUUGCCUUUUUAAGGGUAUUUUAAAAAUGUUCAUUGGAUACACAGUUCCAAAGUUGUGGGAACAGAAAAAUCAAUCUGUAUCAUACCUCUAGUAGUUUAGUCAGUAAUGGGAAAUUCAUAAUUAAUUUUGUGUCAAUUUUUCUUUGUAAUUGGGUCUUGAAAGGUUAACAAAAAAUGAGGUGUUUUGAGGUGGUAAUAGUGUUUUGACAUUGGAUUGAGCAAUGCUGUGAGGUGUGCUUUAAAACAAAUCCAACGAUUUCUCAAUCAUCAAAACACUGAAAGAGACCCAGAAGGAAGAACACACCAAUGCUGAAAUAUAAAAUCGAUUUAUAACUUUAAGGUUACUAGCUUUCAGUUUCAGGAAAAAGAAAGGAAUUUAGAAAUGCAUCUCCUGUAUAGAUCUCAAAAACCACCUUUAAAAAAGUCCACUUAUUUAGCUUCUAUAACCGAAUGGUUCUGUUUAAUAGAAUAAUAGCUCCAUUGUACAUUAAAGACGAAGUUGUAGGUUUUCCAUUUCUUUAGAAAGCGAAAUGGGAUUGCAAAAUGAUCUCUAAAAGGCAUUUUUAAAAAUUCUGGAAUUCCAUGUAAUAAACUCAGAAUUUGGUUUAGUCAGCCUAAAUCAAUGUCCCUCUAGCUUUAAUUGAUCUAUACUGCUUCUGUAAAAUUUCAGUUUUGUACAGAUGACAAAAAUAUUUAAUUCUUCCAUAUGCACCAAAGUGAAUCAUUGCUGAGCAUUACAACUAAAUAAAGACAUGCAUUCAGCAACAAAUGGGUAACAAAUGCUCAUAUUCCAUGGAUCAAAGUUUAAAAAUUCUGUCAGCCAAUUGGAUUUAAAUUGGCUGACUCCUUUCUUCUGUUAGGUGCAAAGUCGCAUAAUAAAACUCAGCAGGAAAGAUAGAAAAAAAUGUUCAUUGUUUUAAAGUCGUAAUUUCAAUGCAGUAAUCUGCUGUUGAGGUUUGCAUGAGCUGAAUAAAAUAAUUCACUCUCA